AGUUUGACAGCGAAACUAGCGAGUUACACUGCGUUUUGUUGUGAGUGUUGGCGUGUUUGAGUGUCACACUUUUUGACAUCUUGAUGAAUUUUAAUUUCACGUCGAUGGCACUGGAAGACCGAUCAAGUCCGAACGCGGCAUCCAGUCCGAAUCACAUUGAACAAUCCGACAGCCCUGAAUCCACCAGGACCUCCUUUACAUGCACGACAAUAAAUAAUCACGAGGGAAGUACGAAAAGUUGUUCGGAUUUGGAGAGAUCUUUUUUCAGAAUAACUUCGUUCGCUCUAUCCAGUCCGAAAAGUGAUUUCAGAUCACCGUCACCUUCUUCUUCUUCUUCUUCAUCUUCUUCUUCUUCUUCCGAACGGAACGAACCGGCAAUACAGACAUUAAAAUAUUCUAUAAAUAAUAUAUUGAAGCCGGAAUUUGGGAAAUCGGCCGUUCUGAAAACUCGAUCUGUUUUAUUUAAACCGUACGAAAAAUCAGAAGACAGACCCGCGAGUUCGCUGGGUAGUUUGUGCCAGACUGUAUCGCAAAUAGGAAGUUUCAUUAAAGAAAACUCCAGGCCGAAAAGUCCAGUUAAAACUUUGCCGAAUCUCGAAGAUGUGAAGAAAGAUCAGGAAGAUGGUGGCGUGCCGACGCUUUGGCCCGCUUGGGUUUACUGCACACGGUAUUCUGACAGACCCAGCUCUGGUCCUAGAUCGAGAAGAAUGAAGAAAAGCACGAAAACUACCGAGGACAAACGACCGCGAACCGCGUUUUCCAGUGCUCAACUACAAAGAUUGAAGCACGAAUUCAACGAAAACAGAUACCUAACCGAACGAAGAAGACAACAACUGAGUGCCGAGUUGGGUUUGAACGAGGCCCAAAUAAAAAUUUGGUUUCAAAAUAAAAGGGCGAAAAUCAAAAAAUCGUCCGGUCAAAAAAACGCACUCGCCCUUCAGCUGAUGGCUCAGGGAUUGUACAAUCAUUCGACCGUGCCCUGCGACGAAGAUGACAUGCCCUUAUCGUCGUAAUUUUCGAUUUCCAUUGUUAUUUCAAUUUGUGUUAAGUGAAAUCAGUAAAUUUUGAACAUGCUUAUUCGUACACGAAUCGGAUGUAGUGUACAAACGGCUUUAGACGUAAAAGUUUAUCCUAAAUCUUUGUAGAUUCAUGAAGUUUAGAAUCUCAGUACUUUCUUACUGGAAAAAUUGAUUUCACUUAUUACAAAACUGUGUACAUUUGUUUCUAAAGAUCUCAAUAUUUCAAGUAUUUAUUUUGUACAUUUUGUAAAUAUUUUGGUACACACGUAGAGCUUCUUAGCCUUCGAAUUGACUGAUACGUUAAAUGUAGUUAAAGUUUGCUUCGAUUUCUUUUAUUCCGAUCGAAAUAAUACAUUUCUGAUACUGUGAGAUUAUUAAUUCAAAGGGCUUGGUCCUAUUAAGACUUCUCGUUUUCGAAGCGUUUCGUUUGAUUAAAAUGAUCGGCAACUCUGUUCGGAUAUGAGUUGUUGUUCGAACCGCCUUCCUCAUUUAGUUUUAGGAGGUUUUAGAUAAUGUCUUAGAAAUGUAUUUUUUUUCUUUUUCAUUAUUACGAAUGUAUAAAAAUGUCAAAGUGAACGAUUUUUAAUUGUGCAAUGUUGAGUAGAUAUAUGUCAUAUCAUAAGGAAAAUUAUGAGUAUUAAAUUAAUAAAUAUAUGAAAUGUU